CUACUUACUGUCAGUUGUACCCCUGCAAAAGCUGCUUACAUACCCUGACAUCAACAUCUGCAAUACACACAGUGUGACUGUGACUUUGAGUCCAGAACCCCAAAAUGCCAUAUCAGAAGGUGGCCUUUGUGAAGUCAGUGGGGCAGGAAGAUGCGACUUCCAUGGGUCUUCAUUUACAAAGAUGCUGAGGAGAAGGGUCUUCUGUAACAGAAUAGUUUCUUAGCCAGGGAGAUUCCAGUGAGCCUGAUAUUUGAUAGCCCUUUAAUUGCAGAAUUUGGACUGUAAAAGAGUGUGAGGUGAAAAGGUGACUGCCUGGCUGAGCUCUGCUGUCUCCAGGAGUGAAUGGUGGUAGCUUUGGGCUGACAGUGAAGGGAGUGGGGGCCAAAGCUGCCAACCACCUGGUACCUCAGGGGUGACCAGAAUGAGGGGAAAGAACUGAAGGGCAAUGACGUGUGGGGAGAGUCACACUAAGCUUUGUGGUCUCAUUAAACUUUGUAUAGCAGCAUUUCUUUUCAUUAGUUCAGUGGUAAGGAGUGAGCAUCCUGUGGGGUGAUGGGAGCGCACAAUCCCAGCUCAGCCUUGGGUUGUAUGGGAGUCAGUGGGAGGAUCUCAGUGGAAAGUGCAUUUCUGAAGCACGUAACCAAGUAACCACACUGAUCUGUGUCAAAGCUCCUUGGAGGGUGCAAGCAGAGCACUCAGUAAACACUGCAAGGAUAAGUGAGACCAGUGCUAGUGUGGAAGUGUAACGCCAGCACCAGGCCUCCCCCUCCAAGGCUCGUCAUGUCUGUUCCUCCAGCUCUUCGUCAGCAGUAUUUGCAGACUUGCCAGAAUCUGAGCCAACCUGAGAAUCACUUUGUUGCUCAUGUGCUUCAAGAAGCCGAUGAAAGCGAUAAUAUCAGACAGAGAACAGGAAUCACAUUAAAAAUAGCUGGAAAUAAUCGCUUAGUGCCUGUGCAGAGAGUUACAGAUGAAGAUGUUCAAGUUCUUGCCUCUGUCUUAAGCAGUGCUGUUUUUGUCACUGGUUUGGAUCUGAGGUACAACAUGUUGACUGAUGCUGGAGUAAAGCACAUGGCAACGUUCCUCCAGGAAAACUCAACUCUGCGAUACCUUAACCUGAUGUUUAAUGACAUCGGAGCGAGUGGAGCUGAGCUGAUAGCGGGUGCUCUCCAUAGCAAUGGAACUCUUCUGCAUCUGAGAAUGACUGGAAACAAAAUAGGCAAUAAGGGUGGACUGCACUUUGCUUCAAUGCUGCAAGUGAAUUGCACCUUAGAGAAGUUAGAUCUUGGAGACUGUGAUUUGGGUACGCAGUGUCUAAUAGCAAUAGCAGCAGUCCUGACUAAGAACAAAGCAAUCAAAGCAAUAAACCUAAAUCGUCCAUUGCUGUACAGCCAAGAGGAAGAGACCACAGUCCGGGUAGCUUUGACUCUGAAAAUUAAUUCUUCUCUUGUGGAGCUACAUUUGUGCAAGCAUGAAAUUAAAAGCUUUGGUAUAGAGCGACUGUGUGAGGCGCUGUAUGAAAACUGCAGCCUGAGAUACCUUGAUCUUAGCUGUAAUAAAAUAACUCGGGAUGAUGUGAAAUUUUUGGGAGAGCUACUGAAACAGAACCAAACUCUGGAAAUCCUGGAUCUUAAUUCAAACCGAAUAGAAGAUGAUGGAGCUUUCUACCUGAGCGAAGCUUUGACUUUGUACAACAGGACUCUCAAGGCGUUGUCAGUAGUAAGCAACAAUAUAAGUGGCAAAGGGCUGGUAGCUCUCUCAGAGUCAAUGAAAAUAAAUAUGGAACUCUCCUACAUUUAUAUCUGGGGCAACAACUUUGAUGAAGCUGCCUGCAUGGCAUUUUCAGCAUUAAUUCAGGCUGGCCGCUUGAAACCUAAUUGCACAGAUGUGGAACCGUAUGAAGUGGAUGGGCACGUUUACCUUGCAGAGCUCUCCCAUGGCCUUAAGAAACAUUACUACUGGACACCAAGUUAUGGGGAGGUGGAGAACACUGCUGCUAAUUCCAGUCUGGCAAUUGCAGCUGUUUCAGAAAAUCUCUAAGGUUGGUCUCAAGAAUGAGAAGACUCCCUACAAAAAUUCCAUGUUUCCCCCUGUUCAUCUCUUAAAGAAGUUACCAAUAUUGAUAUACACCACGUACCUCCAAAAUGAACUCUUUAAGCCUAAGAAUUAAUGUGCAGCUGAUUUCCAUGCAUCUAUUGGCACAAGGUACUGUACAGACCUGCUUCUUCAGGCCCUAUAGCACCCAGCCUGAACGCUCCUACAACUUUAAUAUAUAUAUAUCUCUUUCUAUAUAUAUUUAAAAUCUAUAUUCUAUUAAAUGAAUACAGUUGAUAGAGAUCAUACCUCAGCAGCUGAGAUAUCUUCACAAAAGAUGAGGCUAAGAAUCAAGGUUCUCAGAAGAGGACUGAAGAGUGCAGUUCACUACAUUAUUGCUCUGAGUCAAAAUUACAAGCCUGUGUAUUCUACUAAGAAAGGCUAAAAGUGUUGUCUUGUAAAAAAUAAUGAUUAUCUUCUUGUCUAUAAAGAAAACUAAGUGACUAUGAAAGAAGGUGGUACUGAUAGAAGUAUCUAAACAAAUCCUGUAUAAAUCUAAGUACUGUUUCAAAAAGUCUGAAUAUCUAAGAAUACAGCAACAAGCUAUUUUAGAAAUAUAAAAACAGUCCAAACAAACAUUGUUAUGGAAUGCGUCUUCUAAGUAGGAAUGUAGUUAUUUCUUCCUAGAGCAAUAUAAGCUCUUGUCUUUUAGUCUGAAUUUUACAUUAAUCCUCAGAUAACGAUAGUGUAUCAUUGGUUUGUCUUCCAGAGUCAGUUUAACGUGAAACUUAUCGAUCACGCAGUGUUGCACUUUGUCACUACUCAUGGCUAAGCCUCAAUACUCAUGGCUAAGCCUAUCUCUAUCCCAGGGCUCCUCCUCUGUAUUCAGAAAGAGGAAUCUUAGAACAAGGUACACAAAGUGCUCACUUGUGUUAAAUGGAGUCUGGAUUCUGAUCUUUGUGGUUCUUGCAUGCUGCUUAGCUACAGAAUCCUUCAGCUCCUCCAUCAACAACAGGAACUUGGAAGGAAAAAAAAAAAACAACCAUGGGAGAAGCAGUAGGAGGGAAAAGCCAAACAAAAUCUGAGAACUUCAUCUAUUGCCCUGUGCCAGCCUUAUGAAGGGCAUCAGCUGUAGGUAAAUGGUGCAGGAUGGAUAAGCAAAGAAACAUCAAGAAUAUGGCAAUAAUUAGCAAACUAAGUGAGAAAUGCCUGCAUUCAACUGUUCCUUGGCCACUCCAUGCUGUCUGUAGUAGAUUUUAUGAUUAAAUUGG